AUGGCAGCUCAGAUCCCCCCCGGCGGUACCUACCUCGACACCUUCAAGAAGUCCUUCGUUGACGUUCCCGUCGAUGCCGAGAAGGACAAUGCCAUCGCCACCACCGACUUCCUCGAUGCCGCCGAGUCUCUGACCACCAUUUUUGAUGCCCUUGGAGGCGUUGCUUUCGGUCCCGUCAAGAGCGAUAUGGGCGGCAACAUCAAGAAACUCCGUGAGCGCCAGCUGGCUGCUCCCGCCGAGUCCGCCACCCUCCAGGACCUCGUCAAGAACGAGCUGGCCACCAAGAAGCACGUUGCCACCGAGGGUCUCGUCUGGUUGAACCGUGGCCUCGAGUUCACCUGCAUUGCCCUCAGCCAGAACGUUGCCAAGGACUCUGAGGAGCUCGCAGAUUCCUUCCGCGCCGCCUACUCGACCACCCUCAAGCCUCACCACAGCUUCCUCGUGAAGCCCAUUUUCAGCGCCGCCAUGAGCGCCUGCCCCUACCGCAAGGACUUCUACGCCAAGCUUGGCUCCGACCAGACAAAGGUCGCUGACGAGCUCCGCGUCUACCUCGCCGCUCUCGACAAGAUCGUCGGCAUCCUCAAGGGUUUCCUCUCCAGCAAGGACGCCAAGUACUAA